UUCAAGUCGAGUUAGGUCGGGUUUGGAUCACCAUUUUUCGGGUUCAGAUGAGUCGGUUAAUAAUCAGGUUUGAGUCAGUAUUUCGGGUCAGGUCAACUUUUGCCAGCUCUAAUUUUAUAAAUUAAAAAAUACAAGUAGCAAAUGCUCCGCAGCUGACAUUUCCAUGCAAAGUCAGACUUUUAUUUCUUAUAUUCAAAGGGAGGAUGAAAAAUUCAUUAUAAAAUUCAGAUAGCCAAGCAGCCAUUGAAAUCAGAAAAUGAAACUGGCAGGGAGCUAAUAUCAGAUCAGAGAGCAGAGAAGUAAUGGAGGGAGAAAUCCAGUAUAAAUGGAUCAAAACUAACGGGAUAAAGAUGCACAUAGCAGAGCAAGGCACAGGACCCCUUGUACUUUUGCUGCAUGGGUUCCCGGAAUUCUGGUACUCUUGGCGUCACCAGAUCCCUGUUCUUGCUAGCCAUGGUUAUCAUGUUGUCGCUCCAGAUUUACGAGGCUAUGGUGACUCUGACUCGCCCUUGAGCCCCUCUUCUUACAGCAUGCUCCAUAUUGUUGCUGACCUUGUUGGCCUCUUGGACUACUUUGGUGAACCAAAGGCUUUUGUGGCGGGAACUGACUGGGGAGCUGAGGCAGCAUGGCACUUGAGCCUCUUUAGGCCUGAUAGAGUGAAAGGAGUGGUUUGUCUCUCAGUUCCUUUCUUCCUCAGAGACCCAAACAACAAACCUACUGAUUUUUUCCGAAGAAUAUUUGGAGAUGACUUCUAUGUGUGUCAAUUUCAGGAAACAGGACGUGCAGAGAGAGCAUUUGCAAGGUAUGACUAUCUGACAGUCAUGAAGAAAUACCUGCUAGUAGACAGAACAGACAAUCUGGUGGCUCCAGAGGGCAUGGAGAUGAUAGACUACCUAGAGACUCCGUCUGUGUUGCCACCAUGGAUCACUGAAGAGGAACUUCAGGUUUAUGCAGACAAGUUUCAGGAGUCCGGUUUCACUGGUCCAUUGAACUAUUACCGCGCUAUGGACUUGAACUGGGAGCUGCUUGCUGCCUGGCAGGGAGCAAAGAUAACAGUUCCAGGCAAGUUCAUUAUUGGCAAUAAAGACAUUGGUUUUGUAAAUCUUGGUAUAAGGGAAUACAUUGAAGGUCCCAUCUUCAAGAGCCUCAUUCCUAAUUUACAAGUUGCCAUUCUCAAUGGCCACCAUUACAUACAACUGGAAAAACCACAGGAUGUGUCCAAUGAGAUAUUAUCCUUCCUACAAGAUAACUCUUCAGACCAAUGAAGCUAUUCUUUUCUGGACCAAACUGUAGGUCCUAUGUAUAAGUAAAGGACUAAUAACUGGAUUGGAGAUUAUCUUCAACCAGUAAUCUAGACAGUCUGCCUAAGUACAUUCUUAGCCUGUUUUAGCCAUGCUUCAGCUUUCGCUCUGAAUCAGAUGUAGAUUUACUUGUCUAUCUAAAGUUUGCUACUUUGCUCUUCUAAGUACUUCAACUCUCCCCAAUAAAAAGACAAAUCAAACGCCAUAAGGUGAUCCAAGUAUUCAAAGAUGUUUACAUGACAAUGGUUGGAACAAGAAACUCUGACAAGCAUAACCUUAAGGUAAACAGUUCAAUAGUAUUAAUAACUUUAGCAACAGAAACGUGACAAUAAUUUCCUCAUACUGGUAUGCCCUGUUGACCUGUUCUAUCACGGUAUUGUAUCUACCUGUUAAAGAUGGGUGCAAAAAAGAAAGGGGGUUUGAGAGGGGGGGGGGGGUGGGG